GUGCCCUGACACGCGAUACAUUUGCAGACUGAAGCAGCAACAACAGAAGCUCCUCCUUUCUAUCACAACUGCAGAAGUGAAAGAGUGGAGAGGAACACACCGACAACUCUUCUUUUUUCUAACACUGGACUACCCUUGAUAACGUCUCAGACUUGUGUUAGUAAGAGCACAUUUCUAGCCCUCCACCCAACGUUGGACUGCUGGUUUCCUGAAUACACCCAACCCUGAAAAGUCACACUACCCUUGAUCAGGGCGUCAGACUUCAAACCGCCCAUCAUCACUGGAACACUGCACCUACAAACUGCAGGAUGCCGUUAGGAGGAGGAAACAAGUGUGGCUGCUGUCAGAAGGCCGUUUACUUCGCAGAAGAGGUCCACUGUGAUGGGCGGAGCUUCCACAGGUCCUGCUUCCUCUGCAUGGUUUGCAGGAAGGGCUUGGACAGCACAAAUGUUGCGGUUCAUAAUGAUGAGGUGUACUGCAAGGCGUGCUACGGCAAGAAGUAUGGACCAAAGGGUUACGGUUAUGGCCAGGGAGCAGGGACCCUCAGUAUGGACAAGGGAGAGUCUCUGGGUAUUAAGCAUGAAGAUGCUGCCCCACAUCGUCCCACCAACAACCCAAACACAUCUAAGAUGUCUCAGAGGUUUGGGGGUGCAGAUAAGUGCCAUCGCUGCGGCAAGUCCGUCUACGCUGCUGAGAAAGUGAUUGGAGCUGGAAGUUCAUGGCAUAAGGUCGGAUGUUUCACAUGUGCACAAUGUGGGAAGAGCCUUGAGUCGACCACACUCGCUGACAAGGAUGGAGAGAUCUUUUGCAAAGCCUGUUACGGAAAAAACUUUGGUCCCAAAGGAUUUGGAUACGGACAAGGAGCAGGGGCACUGUCGCACACUCAGUGAAGAAGAGCACAGGAUAGUGUUUGAAAGGUGUUGCUGUACUUCUGUCUUCUUCCUGCAGAUGGCAGACUGUUGACCUUUAACCUGCGCCUGACGAACCAUGCCUGAUAAAAAAACAUCGAUGCAAAUCCCACAUUGAAAAUGGCAAUACCACGUUUUUCUGAAAUAGAGCGAGGAAAAAUUAUUUUCUCAAUUAUAAUCUGCUUCACUGAAUACUAUCUUUUUCUUGCUGUUAUGAGGGUUUCCCAGCUAGCAGGAAAUGUUCUCACCACAUUGGCUAACAUUCCCUGUAAGCAGGGGCGUGUCCAGAACUUUUGGACCGGGGUGGCCCAACUGAGGCUCACAUAGGCAGGGGUGGCCAGUGCAUUUACAAAUAUAUAACAUUUACCCUUUCUGUCUUCACAACCUACUUUCAUUAAAGUAUUAAGCAGUUGUUAAAUUACUUACAAAGUACUUACAAAAUAUGUUUUUUCAAAGUCACAUUUGAGGUCACUAAUAAAGAAAUCUACUGUCAGCCUUUUAACUCAUCCCAAAUUAUAGAUUUUAAUACAAACCCCACCUCUGACAGGACAAACAGCCAAUCAUAGUUUAGGAUUUUUGGGUGGACCCUGGGCUGGCCAAUUGGAUUUUAAGGAGUGCCAGUGACACCCUUGUAGUGAUGGGAAGUUCGGCUCUUUUCAGAGAGCCGGCUCUUUUAACUCGGCUCCCAAAGAAGAGCCGGCUCUUUCGACUCCCGAACAACUCUUAAUCUAGGAUCUUUUGUCGCCGUAUAUUUUACCUUAACUUUCAAAAACUAAUGGUUUGUGUUGAAAACCCUUUUAGGUACAGUGUUUUUUAUGAGAAGACUUAUAAUGCCCAAUUUUGUGCAUUUAAUCUGUUACAGAACCUUUCUUAACCUAACCCUAGGGUUAGGGAUAGGGUUAGUGUAAGGGUUGUGAUUAGGGUUAGGGUUAGGAUUAGGGUUAGGGUUAGGAUUAGGGUUAGG